UUCAGGAGGGCGGGAGCUGCGAGUCUAUAUACAUGCUGCGCUUUUCUGCAUUACAUUGCAGGUUUCUCCCUGCGUGGCGUGGAAGUCAUGAGUGGUGGCGUUGGGAAUUAUUAGCUUGACAACAGUCGGAUAACGCAACAUUCGCCAGAAUUAGACUAAAAAUGGCUACCCUUUAUCGACUGAGGCGGUGCCACCCCACAGGGGCAGUUAUCGCUCAUCUUCACACCAGCAGCCGAGUCUCUGCCAAGCAACAUUACAAGAUGUUGGUCCUGGGAGGAGGAACUGGUGGCAUUGCAAUGAGUGCACGCAUGAAGAGGGUAGUCGGGGCAGAUAAUGUUGCUGUUGUGGAGCCUGCUGAGAUGCACUACUAUCAGCCCAUAUGGACUCUAGUUGGUGCUGGGGCAAAAACCGUAGCCUCAUCAGGUCGUUCCACUGCCAGCAUUAUCCCAUCUGGAGUGAAAUGGGUGAAAUCUAAGGUGCAGGAAAUAAAUCCGCAAACAAACACUGUUCGCACGGAGGAUGGAAAUGAGAUUUCCUAUGAGUACUUGAUUGUGGCUCUUGGGUUACAACUCCAUUAUGAAAAGAUUAAAGGGCUGCCAGAGGGGUUUGAGCAUCCAAAGAUUGGCUCAAACUAUUCCAUCGAGACUGUUGAGAAGACAUGGAAGGCUUUGCAAGACUUCAAGGAGGGAAACGCCAUUUUUACUUUCCCCAACACUCCAGUGAAAUGCGCUGGAGCUCCACAAAAGAUCAUGUACUUAGCAGAUGCCUAUUUAAGAAAGACAGGGAAAAGGGACAAGGCCAAAGUAAUAUACAACACGUCCCUCCCGGUGCUAUUUGGGAUCAAGAAGUACGCGGAGACUCUGUGGGACAUUGUGAAAACUCGUGACCUACAAGUGAACCUUCGACACAACCUGAUUGAGGUCCGAGCAGACAAGCAAGAAGCUGUGUUUGAAAAUCUGGACAAACCUGGUGAAACAACAGUCUUUGAGUAUGAAAUGCUUCAUGUUACGCCACCUAUGGGACCCCAUUCUGUGGUGAAAGGCAGUCCGCUGGCUGACGAGGCCGGCUGGUUGGACGUCAACAAAGACACUCUUCAACAUAACAAGUAUCCAAACGUGUUUGGAAUUGGUGACUGUACCAGCCUGCCUACAGCCAAGACUGGGGCAGCAGUUGCUGCACAAUCUGCAAUUUUGAACAGAACAAUCAACAAAGUAAUGAAAAACGAGAAGCCAGAUAAAAAAUAUGAUGGUUACACAUCUUGCCCAUUGGUCACAAGCUACAACACGGUUGUUCUGGCUGAGUUUGACUACAACGGCCAGCCGCUGGAAACAUUCCCCUUCAAUCAAGCCAAAGAGAGACGGUUAAUGUAUUUCAUGAAAGCUGAUGUGAUGCCUCACCUCUACUGGCACGGCCUUCUCCGGGGCUUUUGGGGCGGACCAGGCCCAUACAGGAAACUGCUUCAUCUGGGGAUGAAAUAAAGCACCUUAGUACCAAUCUUAACUUUAAACGUUUCAUUUCCUUAAAGGUUACAGAAAUUCAUCUUAUGAUGGACAGAUUCAGCAGUAAUCUGUUAUUUUGACACCUGUGCAAAAGACUGGAUAUUUGGGCUCUUUUGGACAUCUCAUUAAAUGACAAGUUGUACUGUUUUCAUUAUGCACAAUAAUUCACUAAGCUAAGGCAUUUUCAAAACAAUUUGGCUUCAAGUGCUGUAUUAAAAUUAGCAUAUUUUGCCAAAACUCCAGAGGGGCAAAGAAUUUGAAAUCCUCUACUAAACUGGAUUCCCACUUUUUCUGAUCAAUUCAUAGACUGGACAUCAAGUUUACAAUAUUAUAUGCAAGCUGAGAAAGCACAGUGGUUUGCUUUACUCUUCUAAGUAUGAGUAAUCAAAAGUUAUUGUUGAUUUACAUUAUCUAAUAGUUGAAAAUUUAAGUAAAAAAUGUGCCUGUUGGUGGAAAAGCAUUAAUUGUCAAAUAUUUUGCUAUAGCAGGAAUGUGAAUGCUUCACUCCAUUGAUCCUGAUGAAAUACAAGUCCUAAAUUCACGACCUUUUUUAUACUGGUAUAAAUUUGCAGCUGUAUUUAUUGUUACCAUUAGUCUGCUAACAAGUACAAAUGUUUUUUUGGAAUUGAAUUAACAUGCAACUGUGUAGGGUUUUUACUGUCUACAUUUGGUUGUAAACACAUUUUGUGGGUGUACAGUUGGUACUAAAAUCAUGUUUGUAAUCUGGGGAAGAAAACCUUCAUCAAUAAAAAUGACUGUUAUAGAGA